AUGUGCACUCCCAGCAACACACCUGCCACGCCACCCAACUUCCCCGACGCACUGGCCAUGUUCUCCAAGCUUCGUGCCUCCGAGGGCCUGCAGAGCAGCAACAGCCCCAUGACGGCCGUGGCCUGCUCCCCGCCUGCAAACUUCAGCCCCUUUUGGGCCUCAUCCCCUCCCAGCCACCAGGCGCCAUGGAUCCCACCCUCCUCCCCCACCACCUUCCACCGCCUGCACUGCCCACAGCCCACGUGGCCCCCCGGAGCACCGCAGGCGGGCGCCCAGCAGAAAGCCGUGGCGGCGCUGGAUGGCCAGAGAUGA